ACUUCCGCGUACUAUCUUAUUAAACUUCCGCUCAUUCGUUUCUUUGGCCUCUUUUGCCAGCCCUAUUCAACAUGGGACGAGUCAGGACUAAGACGGUAAAAAAGGCCGCCCGGGUCAUCAUUGAGAAGUAUUACACCCGGCUGGGAAAUGACUUCCACACAAACAAGAGGGUGUGCGAGGAGAUCGCCAUCAUCCCCAGCAAGAAGCUGCGUAACAAGAUUGCAGGGUAUGUGACCCAUCUGAUGAAGCGCAUCCAGAGGGGCCCCGUCAGAGGCAUUUCCAUCAAGCUCCAGGAGGAGGAGAGGGAGAGGAGGGACAACUAUGUCCCAGAGGUUUCUGCUCUUGACCAGGAGAUCAUUGAGGUGGACCCUGACACCAAGGAGAUGCUCAAACUACUAGACUUCGGCAGUCUGUCCAAUCUGCAGGUCACCCAGCCAACUGUUGGAAUGAACUUCAAGACACCCAGAGGAGUCUAGGCGUUUGUAUAAUAUCUUAAUAAAAAACAAACCAAAAAAUGCAAA